AUGCCGCGCGAACUCCAGCUUGUCAACAUCGAGGACGCCAAGCCCGGCAAGGUCUAUUACCCUAUCCAGAUCAAGCAGGUCCCCAAGCCGACCCCCGGUCCCAACGAGGUCCUCGUCCGCAUGACCGCUGCCGCCCUCAACCACCGCGACCUCUUCAUCCGGCAGCAUCUGUACCCCAACAUCGACCCCGCCAAGCCUCUCCUCGCCGACGGCUGCGGCGUCGUCGUCGCCGUCGGCUCCGCCGCCUCCCCCUCCCUCCUGCACCAGCGCGUCAUCCUAACCCCCAGCCGCGGCUGGGCGCGCGACCCGCUCGGCCCCGAGGACCCCUCUCGCUUCGCGGGCGUCGCCGGGCCCGGCAAGAACGUGCUGAUCACCGGCGUGGGCGGCGGCGUGGCGCUGCAGGUGCUGCAGUUCGUGGUGGCGAUGGGCAGCAACGCGUACGUGACGUCGGGCGACCAGGCCAAGAUUGACCGCGCGGUGGCGAUGGGCGCCAAGGGCGGCGUGCUGUACAAGGAGCCGCGCUGGGGGGCGACGCUGAGGAAGACGCUCCUCCCCAAGGAGAGGCCGUGGCUGGACGCGGUGAUUGAUGGCGCGGGGGGCGCGGUGGUGGCGGAGACGGCGGGGGUGUUGCGGCACGGCGGGGUGAUUGCGCAGUAUGGCAUGACGGUGGCGCCGAAGAUGGAGUGGUUGAUGAAGGCGGUGCUGGCGAAUAUUGACCUGCGCGGGAGCACGAUGGGUUCGCGGCAGGAGUUCCGCGACAUGGUGGCAUUUGUGAACAAGCACAAGAUCAAGCCGGUGAUCAGCCAGACGGUUCACGGGCUGGGGAACUUGGACGAGAUCAACGGGCUGUUUGACGUCAUGGCUGCGGGCAGCCAGUUUGGGAAGCUGGUGAUUGAGAUUGAUGAUGAUGAGGAAAACGCAAAGCUGUAA